UGGAGGUGUAUCUUAUGCAACAAGGACCGCUCGUGCGCCAUAAUAGUUUGCCGCCACAACCUACUGAGAAGGCUGACGCAGAGCACGUUAAUCUAGUAUAGAGAUUAUAAAUUUAUUAAAAACAAUAACGUGUAUCGAAGUACAUGCUUUGAGUACUUUUUGCGGCUUUGGAUAAUUCCCGGCUGUAAUAAAACAAUACUGAAGAGCGCCGUCGUUUUAAACGAGGAUUCCGUUAGGCCGCAAUAACACGAUCUCCACCAUCAUGGCCGACGACUUUGACAUCGAAGCCAUGCUUGAGGCGCCUUAUAAAAAGACAUGCCUAUAUCUCACCUCUACUCCCAUGAAUUCCAGUGUGAACUGUCAAAAAAAUGAAGGGCGAGAUGUGUGACAGAGGUGGCAUCGAACUCUUACAAUCCACGAAGGCAAAUGGGGUGAAGAUCACUGGAAUGGCAUCCACCACAGGAACUCACUUAGUGGCUGGCUGCUAGCAUUGCCACUUUGGGUCUUAUAGGCACAGAUAGUCUUGGAUGAGACGAAGUCCAUAAGUUCCAAUGGCCAUGAAGAACGGAGCAAGAAAGACCUGAAUGGAUUAAAUUGAAAAUCACUGUAAGUGUUUCUAUAACAUUGCAGUCAUGAGCCAGCAGAUUACAUUGGGUUAACAAUGUUCAAAUUGACAAGUGUAAACUUUUAAAAUGGAAGGAAAAAGAAGAGCAGAAGUCGUAGUAGGAGCAGGGAGAGAAAGAGAAGCAAGAGCCGGGACCGCAAAAGAAGCAAGAGCCGGGACAGGAGUCGUGAACGAAAGAGAAGCCGAAGCCGCGACAGGAGACGCAGUCGGAGCAGAGAGAGGAAGCGCAGCCGUUCCAGGAGCAGGGAGCGUGCAGGUCGCUUCAGAACAGCCUUCCGGAAAAAGUCUAGGAGCCGCAGCCCAUUCAAACGGGACAAAAGUCCUAUCAGACAACCUAUAGAUAAUCUCACACCAGAGGAGAGGGAUGCCCGCACAGUCUUUUGCAUGCAACUUGCUGCCAGAAUUCGGCCCCGGGACCUAGAGGAAUUCUUUUCUGCUGUGGGGAAAGUGAGGGAUGUGAGGAUGAUCUCUGACAGAAACUCCAGAAGGUCCAAGGGAAUUGCCUACAUUGAAUUUGUGGAAGCCACCUCUGUACCACUAGCAAUAGGUCUGUCUGGGCAAAGGCUGCUUGGAGUACCAAUCAUUGUUCAGGCUUCACAGGCUGAAAAGAACAGAGCUGCUGCAAUGGCCAACAACUUGCAAAAAGGUAGUGCUGGGCCUAUGAGGCUGUAUGUUGGCUCGCUACAUUUCAACAUCACAGAAGACAUGCUCAGAGGGAUCUUUGAACCCUUUGGAAGGAUUGAUAGUAUUCAGCUUAUGAUGGAUAGCGAAACAGGGAGAUCCAAGGGAUAUGGCUUUAUCACUUUUGCUGAUGCUGAGUGUGCUAAGAAAGCCUUGGAACAGCUAAAUGGCUUUGAACUGGCUGGCAGGCCAAUGAAAGUGGGUCAUGUAACUGAGCGCACUGAUGCAUCUACAGCCAGCUCUUUCUUGGAUAACGAUGAACUUGAAAGGACUGGCAUUGACCUGGGCACCACUGGGAGGCUGCAGCUAAUGGCCAGGCUGGCUGAAGGGACUGGACUGCAGAUCCCCCCCGCUGCUCAGCAGGCUCUUCAGAUGAGCAACUCAAUGGUGGCAAUGGCAGCAGCUACGGCGGCAAUGAAUCCAGGAUUGAGUUUUAAUAUCAACGUUCCCACAAAUCAACCUCUCAAUCUACCUUCUCAGCCGAUUGCCACCCACUGCUUCCAGCUGUCCAACAUGUUUGAUCCAAAUUCGGAAAAUGAACUUGGAUGGGAUAUUGAAAUCCAAGAUGAUGUAAUUGAAGAAUGUAACAAACAUGGAGGAGUGAUUCAUAUAUAUGUGGACAAGAAAUCUACUGAGGGAAAUGUAUAUGUGAAGUGCCCAAGCAUCCCCGCUGCAAUGGCUGCUGUCAGUGCAUUACAUGGACGCUGGUUUGGAGGUAAAAUGAUCAAAGCAGCAUACGUCCCUCUGCCAACAUACCACAAUCUUUUCCCAGAGUCAGUGCAAGCUACACAACUUCUUAUGCCGACUCGCCGGUGAUCCCUGGAGCUUAAAUUUUUCAGGCUUUCUCUUUUUAAUAAUUUUGGCAAAUUAUUAAUAUUCAAUUCCUGCAAGCUUUGUGUAUGUUUAUGCCCGUACAUCUCUUGGGCAUUAAAGAAGUUUAUGUGGUAGUUUUCUAUGUACAGCGUUUUUUGUUUCCUUUCUUGGUGGGCCUUUUGAACCCUUAUCGUUUAUACAGUUUUCAGGGUUUGUUUUCUUCCGCACAUUUGUCUGUGAUUGGCAUGAGUUUGACUAGAAGACAUGUACAGUUACCCACACAAACCUACAACUAUUGAAUCUUUUUUGAGUGACUUAAAAUCUAGUAGCUUUGGUUAAAUAUCUGCAUACAGUGUUUUGGGCUCUAUGAGCUGAAGGAAUAUUAAAACGACUGAUAUCCUGUGUGUUCAUAGAGGCCAUUAUGGGUUUUGAUGCACUGUCUUUUUCUAAUUGAGACUUGAUUUUGUAAAGUCCUUAAUGAACAGUUCAUUUCAAAUAAAGCCAUGAUGCUGG